GCAGCAUUUUUCCCCGCCUGCGGGAUAUUUUCCAGCGCGGAGGGGACCCCUGAGCCCGGCCGGGAGAGCUCCAUGAAGCAGGACGGGGCAGAGGUUCCCCCCAGCACAGCCGACCACUAAUUCCCAGAACAGCCCCACAGCCUCUACCUGCACUGCCUGGGCCGGGCUCUGAGGACUGGGAGCACCGAGGAUGGGAAGACCCAGGGCUUUCCCCCAUAACCACUGUCUGCUCGUGCUGCUCCUCGCCGAGCUGAGCCUCGCCCAGUACGAGCACUGGCCCUACCUCCCUGGCUACCCUGAGCCCCCUCCCCAGGAGUACCAGCCCCCUCAGAGACCGGCUGACGUGCCCAAAAUCCAGCUGAGGCUGGCGGGGCAGAAGAGGAAGCACAACGAGGGCAGGGUGGAGGUUUUCUACGGCGGCGAGUGGGGCACCGUCUGCGACGACGACUUCUCCAUCCACGCCGCCCACGUGGUCUGCAGGGAGCUGGGCUACGUGGAGGCUGUGUCCUGGCUGCCCAGCUCCAAGUAUGGCAAAGGAGAAGGGAAAAUUUGGCUGGACAAUGUCCACUGUACUGGCAAGGAGAGCACCCUGGCAGCCUGUACCUCCAAUGGCUGGGGAGUGAGUGACUGCAAACACACCGAGGACGUGGGAGUGGUCUGCAGUGAAAAGAGAAUCCCCGGCUUCAAGUUUGACAACUCAUUGAUUAAUCAAAUAGAGAACAUGAACAUCCAGGUGGAGGACAUCAGGAUCAGGGCCAUCCUGGCCACCUACCGCAAGCGGGUCCCCGUCACCGAGGGCUACGUGGAGGUGAAGGACGAGGGCACCUGGAAGCAGAUCUGUGACAAACACUGGACCAUGAAGAACUCCCGGGUCGUCUGCGGCAUGUUCGGGUUCCCCAGCGAGAGGAAAUACAACACCAACGUGUACAAGAUGUUUGCCAGCAGAAGGAAGCAGCACUACUGGGCUUACUCCAUGGACUGCAGCGGGAAUGAGGCUCACAUCUCCAGCUGCAAACUGGGCAACCACCUGGCCGUGGGCUCGGGGAAGAACGUGACGUGCGAGAACGGGCUGCCCGCCGUCGUCAGCUGCGUCCCCGGCCGGGCCUUCGCCCCCAGCAGCCACAGCGGCUUCCGAAAAGCCUUCAGGCAGGAGCAACCACUGGUGAGGCUGAAAGGAGGAGCCAACACGGGCGAGGGACGAGUGGAAGUGCUGAAAAACGGGGAGUGGGGGACGGUUUGCGACGACAACUGGAACCUGGUGUCGGCCAGCGUGGUGUGCCGGGAGCUGGGCUUUGGCAGCGCCAAGGAGGCCAUCACAGGAGCAAGGCUGGGCCAAGGGAUGGGCCCGAUCCACCUGAACGAGAUCGACUGCACAGGCUUUGAGAAGUCAGUCACAGACUGCAAGUUCAACGUGGAGUCCCAGGGCUGCAACCACGAGGAAGAUGCUGCUGUGAGGUGCAACGUCCCCGCCAUGGGCUUCCAGAACCAGCUGCGCCUGAGCGGAGGCCGCAACCCCUACGAGGGCAGGGUGGAGGUCCUGGCCGAGCGCAACGGCACCCUGAGGUGGGGCACGGUCUGCAGCGACAACUGGGGCACCGUGGAGGCCAUGGUGGUGUGCCGGCAGCUGGGGCUGGGCUUCGCCAGCCACGCCUUCCAGGAAACCUGGUACUGGCACGGGGACGUGAGCGCCGACAGCGUGGUCAUGAGCGGGGUCAAGUGCUCGGGGACGGAGAUGUCGCUGGCCCACUGCCGGCACGACGGAGCCCACGUGUCCUGCCCCAGGGGAGGGGGCAGGUUUGGAGCUGGGGUGUCCUGCUCAGAGACCGCCCCCGACCUGGUGCUGAACGCGGAGCUGGUGGAGCAGACUGCUUACCUGGAGGACAGGCCCAUGUUCAUGCUGCAGUGUGCCCUGGAGGAGAACUGCCUGGCCAGCUCUGCUGCCAACACCUCCAUCACCUCGGGGUACCGGCGCCUGCUGCGCUUCUCCUCCCAGAUCCACAACAACGGCCAGUCCGACUUCCGCCCCAAGAACGGCCGCCACGCCUGGGUCUGGCACGACUGCCACCGGCACUACCACAGCAUGGAGGUUUUCACCCACUACGACCUCCUGAACCUCAAUGGCACCAAGGUGGCCGAGGGACACAAAGCCAGUUUCUGCCUGGAGGACACGGAAUGUGAAGCAGAUGUGCAAAAGCAGUACGAGUGUGCCAAUUUUGGGGAGCAGGGGAUCACCGUGGGCUGCUGGGACGUGUAUCGGCACGACAUCGACUGCCAGUGGAUCGACAUCACCGACGUCCCACCCGGAGAUUACCUUUUCCAGGUCGUCAUCAACCCCAACUAUGAAGUGGCUGAGUCAGAUUAUUCCAACAACGUGAUGAAGUGCCGGAGCCGCUACGACGGGCAGCGCAUCUGGAUGUACAGCUGCCACAUAGGUGGUUCCUUCAGCGAGGAAACGGAGCAGAAAUUCGACCACUUCAGCGGACUCACAAAUAACAGAGUGGCCACCCGGUAAUGGGACCCCCCCUCCCCACUAUUUAAAGAAGGCAGGACUCCUGCCUUGCUCCUUCCCAAACCACUGCACCACCAGGAAAUCAAGGAAAGGAUCCAGCUCCGACUCUCCAGGUGAAUUCUCUCCCGCAGACGCCUUCGCUCCCCGCCCCUCCUGCGGCCCCGGAGCCCCAAACCCUCCUUGGCUCCGUGUCCUCCCCCUUCCAACCUCCUCCAAAGGUUCCUCCCUCCACUCUGUGUCCCCUCACAGCCGCCUUGCCUUCGUUUGGGCGCCAACAACCCCAAAAAGUGGCUUCACCCUUCGCUCUCGAGGCCUUCAUUUGGCAUCUUUAAGCUCUUUUCCACGCACCGAACGUUUGUGCUGCUGCUUCUUGCACAGCUCCUCCUCCUCCUCAGACUCCAGCUCAGCAAAGAAAUACAA